AUGGCGUUGAUCGGCAUUGUCGUACUGAUUACCUGGUUGGUGAGGCGCGUGCGACGGAGAUUGAAACAGACGGAGUAUGAGCGGUUGGACGAUGAACCCCAGGACUCAUCUUGGGCUGGGUGGCUCGAUCUGGGUACGCUGUUUUCAUUGGCCGGCUUAUUUGGCCAGGGGGAGACGCAGAUGCAGACGCAGGGGGAAGAGGCGAAUCAAGCGUUGGCGGAGGAAGGACAGGACGAUCCGGAGACCAGGCCGUUGCUUGCGUAG